AUGGACAAGAAGUUACGCAAGCUUUUUAAACAAAUGGACGCAGACCACUCGGGUGCAAUAGGAGAAAAGGAGUUUAUCACCGUGGUAUCAUCGUUGGUCGAAAUCAAAGACGUGGACUCCCUUGCCCUCUUUUUCAAAUUGGCAGACUCAAACGACGACAACGAACUGCGAUACCCCGAAUUUAAACGACUCGCUCGCGCACUCGCUAGUAUGCCUGAUGGUAGUGAAAGAAGUUUAUACGGCGCUUUAUUCACGUUGAUGGACACUAAUGGUGAUGGUCAAGUUGAAAGGAAAGACUUCAUUAAACUGUGUCAAACGACUGGGUUCUCCCCAGACAAACAGGACUUGGACUCAUUCAUUCACCUUCUCGACGGAAAUAAAGACGGUAAAAUCAGCUUAGACGAAUUCAUGUCGAUGCUAGAAGAACAAAAAGCACAAGAAAGAAAAGCCGAAAGCUGUACAACAAAGAAAACUCCUGUGCAUUAG